CGCACUACCAUGCGACAUACAUUAAUCGUUGGAAUAGGCGAGAACAUUACAUUGUUCAAGGGCAAGAAAUGGCACAACCACUCCACCAUCAUUCUGAAUAUAUGGAGUGGUAUCGUCGAGUUGCAAGACGUUGGAUCUCAAUAAGUGGAGCUGCCAUUGGUUGUGUGGAGGAUGCAAUUGAGGAUUGUUUGCUAAAAUUACAGAACCCAUCAACAGAAAAUGUGGCUGAAGUUAAACAUACAUUAAGAAAAAUGAUGAUUGCUCUAGAGGAAGAAAGUCGGCUUUGCCAAAUGCCACCUCCUCAGUCCGCACCUCAAGCAACAACCUUUAAUGAUGAAUUAGAAGAGGACCAACCCAUCAACCAGCCUGAGCCCUCACAUAGAGCAGCACGACGCCAAUCACGUCCUGCUUGACGUCGUCAACAUCCA